UUCCAUAGCUUCCACUACCAAAAAACAGAAAAAAUAUUUUCUCCUCUUCUCCUCCCAAUAAACUUCACAUUUUUGAGGAAAUUAAAUUUUCUCUCAUAUUGUUUCCCUCUAAACUUCACCUUACAGAAAAUUUUCAGUGCAACUAUCUGGUACAAAGAACCAAAUGGCGUGCUUAAACAUUAACAAAAUGUGUGAGAGGGAGAAGAAGCCAGAGAAUGAAAAAGAGGAAUACACCCUUGAUGGAACACUGGAUAAGCAUGGCCAACCUGCCGUGCGUGCGAGGACUGGAAGGUGGUUUGCUGGUGUUCGCUUACUUGUGAAUCAAGGUCUAGCUACACUAGCAUUCUUUGGGGUUGGAGUCAACCUAGUACUAUUUCUUACUAGAGUUAUGGGUCAAGACAAUGCUGAAGCAGCCAACAACGUGAGCAAGUGGACAGGGACAGUUUAUAUCUUCUCCCUCUUGGGUGCUUUCCUCAGUGAUUCCUACUGGGGAAGAUACAAGACUUGCGCUAUUUUCCAAGCCAUUUUUGUAGCUGGACUAGUUUCACUUUCAUUGACUUCAUACAUUUUCUUAGUCAAGCCUAAAGGCUGUGGAGAUGAAGAGAGCCCUUGUGGGUCCCACUCAAGUGUCAGCUUAACGCUCUUCUACGUGUCGAUUUACUUAAUUGCCCUUGGAAAUGGAGGGUAUCAGCCUACUAUUGCAACAUUUGGAGCAGACCAAUUUGAUGAAGAUCACCCUCAGGAGAGUCGCUCAAAGGUGGCUUUUUUUAGCUACUUUUACUUGGCAUUAAAUCUUGGAUCUUUGUUCUCAAAUACCAUCUUAGGUUAUUUUGAAGAUAAGGGAAUGUGGACACUAGGAUUUUGGGCAUCAGCUGGCUCAGCCAUUUUGGCACUAGUGUUGUUUCUUGUUGGGACACCUAGUUAUAGGCACUUCAAACCUACAGGCAACCCUUUAUCAAGAUUUUGUCAAGUGGUUGUAGCUGCAACCAGAAAAUGGAAAGUUGAACAACCUUCAAGGGGAGAUGAGCUAUAUGAAGGUGAUGGACAAGACCUUCCUGUUAAUGGAAGUAGAAAAAUUCUCCACACACAAGGAUUCAAAUUCUUGGAUAAAGCAGCUAUAAUCACAUCAAAGGAUGGAGGAGUAGUAAUAAACAACCCAUGGGGGCUUUGUGCAGUGUCUCAAGUAGAAGAAGUAAAAUGCAUAUUGAGACUACUUCCAAUUUGGUUAUGCACAAUACUUUAUUCAGUUGUGUUCACUCAAAUGGCCUCUUUAUUUGUGGAGCAAGGGGCUGCAAUGAAAACAACCAUCUCAGGAUUCCAUAUUCCUCCAGCAAGCAUGUCUAGUUUCGACAUCCUCAGCGUUGCAGCAUUCAUUUUCAUCUAUCGACGAGUUCUUGAUCCCCUCGUCGCCAGAUUAAAGAAGAAUUCUUCUCCAAGAGGAUUCACAGAGCUACAAAGGAUGGGAGUUGGCCUCAUAAUUGCUAUAAUGGCAAUGGUAGCUGCAGGAAUUGUUGAGCAUUUCAGGUUAAAAUCGGAAGAUAAAGAGUGUUUACAUUGCGCAAAUUCAAGUUCAUUAAGCAUUUUCUGGCAAGUUCCACAAUAUGUACUAAUUGGAGCAUCAGAGGUGUUUAUGUAUGUUGGACAAUUGGAGUUCUUUAAUGGACAAGCACCUGAUGGAUUGAAAAGCUUUGGAAGUGCACUCUGCAUGACUUCAAUUUCACUAGGAAACUAUGUCAGCAGCUUGCUUGUUUCUGUUGUCAUGAAAAUUUCAACUACUGAUAACAUGCCUGGAUGGAUACCUGGAAAUCUCAACAAGGGUCAUUUAGACAGAUUCUAUUUCCUCUUAGCAGCAUUGACAUCAGCUGAUUUUUUGGUAUAUCUCAUUUGUGCCAAGUGGUAUAAGUACAUUAAGUUUGAAGAAAGAAGCAUUGAAAAGCAAAAUGGAGAUUUGAGAGUGUAGGUUCAACAUUAUUCCCGAUUUUUAAGAAUAAAGAUUGCAUGUUCCAAUUAUUUAUUCUAUUAAUGACAACUUAGGAUUAGAAAUGAUAUAUAUGAUAUAUGUAUUAAUUGCAAGGAGACUAAGAGAAGUGCAUUGUUACUCUUCUCUGAGUUGAGCAGAAGAUGCAUGCUUUGUUGGAAUUAGCUCAUGUGUAAAGAAAAUGGCUUGUAGAGCCUCGUUGGAUGGUAUGUACUUUGAAAUUCUUUGCAUUUGUAAAUCUUCUUGCUGUGCUAUAGAUAUCUUUUCGGCUUAAUAAUU